AUGCAAGUGUGGUUCAAUCCUUGCAUUUUGCCUGAGCCUGAGGUGGAAACAGAGCCACAGGCCACCGAGAAGCCGAGAGCUUUGCAAGGUCACGGCCUUUUUGUUUCCAAAGAGCUUGGGCAGAAGCUCGCCAUGCUGGAGCAUGAAGAGACUCCACCAGACUCUCCUGGGGAUCUGCAUGGUCGACUGGAUGAGAAGUCUGCUCUGGCGCUGCUCCGCGGCCGGGCCGACCCUAACGCUACCCUGGGCGCGCUGCAGCGCACCCCACUCUUCGCGGCUGCGGAACGGUGCAACAUCAAGCUGAUUGACAACCUGCUAAAAUUUCGGGCUGACGUCAAUCGAGCCGAUCUUGCAGGCGAGACGCCACUCUUUGCUCUUUGUCAUGCGGCUGCCUGGGCUGAUGCUUCUCUCCGCAGCCGCCGUGCCGCAGUGCAAAGGCUGCUGGAAGGCGAGGCUGACAUCGAUUUCGCCAACCCUCGAGGGCGCACGCCGCUCCAUGCGGCGAUCACCAGCGGUGAUGUUGCAGUUCUUUCGGUAUUGUUGGAGGAUACCGCGAAUGUGAAUGCACGCGAUUUGGGUGGCUUCACAGCCUUGAUGUGGGCUGCUGGGCGGGGCAACGCAGAAGUUGUCAAAGCUCUGCUUACAGCUCGGGCCAACACGGCCUUAGCUGCGAACCGUGCUCUCCUCGGCUUUUCGGAGACAGACGCUGCUUAUUCUAGUUCCAGAACAGCCUUCCGGACAAGCCGAUUCGUCCACCCGCCUGGACCUUUCUCGCUGCAACGAAAGGCGACCCGAAAUGGAAACAGCCAGGCCAUGCCAGGCCCAAGAAGCAAACUGCACCUCGUCCUCAAACGUCGCGCAGAUGCAUACGGAUCCUGA